CAUAGCGGGAGGUGGAGAAGAAGCAUCUCUCCUCCAGAGCAAGCUGCCCGAAACAGUCGCAUUCUCCUCCUUUUUUAAAAAAACCUCCUCCUCUCUUCCUUCACGGGAAAUCACUUCCUUUCUUCUCUUCUGUCUCCCUUUUUCUCUCUAGCCUCUCUCUCCCUCUCUCCCUCUCUCUCUCUAUUUCUUUCUCUUCCUAAUGUACUCCGGAGCGUGACUUUUUUCCUUCUUCAUUGUUUUUCCUCCGUACUUCUGACAGACUCUUUUUGCUCUCCCUUUUUUUGACUGUGAUGCCUCAUCUGUCCAUCCUCCUCUCUCUGAUCUAAACGCCGAGGGUUGGUGGUGUGCGUGACAGCUGAGGCGCACUUUGGGGACACACACAUACACACACAUACGCCGACGCACAGGGGGGAACGAAAACGAAAACAACGCUCUCAAAAGGAGAAACUAUUUACGACUGUGAUUGGUGCAUGCUCUGGGCCGGGAGCAUGUGCGGUGUGCUGUGAUGGCGCUGGAGCUGGACAUGGACAAGGCCGUGACCAAGCUCAUGUACGACUUCCAGCGCAACUCCACAUCGGACGACGACUCAGGCUGUGCACUGGAGGAAUACGCGUGGGUACCGCCGGGGUUAAGUCCCGAGCAGGUACAUCAGUACUACAGCUUCCUCCCGGAAGACAAGGUUCCCUAUGUGAACAGCAUCGGGGAGAAGCAUCGCAUCAAGCAGCUGCUGCAGCAGCUCCCGCCGCACGACAACGAGGUGCGAUACUGCAACACCCUGGAUGAGGAGGAGAAGAGGGAGCUGAAGAUCUUCAGCAACCAGCGCAAGAGGGACAACCUGGGCCGCGGAAGCGUACGGCCCCUGCCUCUCACCAUCUCUGGAGCCGUCUGUGAACAGUGUCGAGGGCAAGUGAAUGGCGGUGACAUAGCGGUGUUUGCGGCGCGCGUGGGCCACGGCAUGUGUUGGCACCCCCACUGCUUCGUGUGCUCGGCCUGCGACGAGCUGCUGGUGGACCUCAUCUACUUCAGCCAGGACGGGAAGAUCUUCUGCGGACGCCACCACGCCGAGAGGCUCAAGCCGCGCUGCUCCGCCUGCGAUGAGAUCAUCUUUGCGGAUGAGUGCACGGAGGCGGAGGGCCGCCACUGGCACAUGAAGCACUUCUGCUGCUACGAGUGCUCGGCCCCCCUGGGCGGCCAGCGCUACAUCAUGAAGGACGCGCGGCCCCACUGCUGCAACUGCUUCCAGUCGCUCUACGCGGAGUACUGCGACGCCUGCGGCGAACACAUAGGCAUUGACCAGGGUCAGAUGACGUACGACGGGCAGCACUGGCACGCCACGGAGGAGUGCUUCUGCUGCGCCCGCUGCAAGCAGUCACUGCUGGGGCGCCCUUUCCUGCCCAAGCAGGGCCAGAUCUACUGCUCGCGCUCCUGCAGCACUGGCGAAGACCCUGACGAGUCCGACUCCUCCGACUCAGCCUUCCAGAGCGCCCGGUCGCGCCAGUCGCGCCGCAGUGCCCGCAUCGGACGCCACGGUGGCACCAGUGGCAGCGGCGGCAGCGGGAGCGGCGGUGCCAAGGCCAAGGCCAAGCCAGAGGGGAGGCAGCUGUCGGCGGCCAGCAACCCGGACCGCCUGUCGGCAGAGAUGGACCCGCUGUCGGUCCAGAUGGAUCUGCUGAGUGUCAACAGUCCCACCCCGAGCCGCACGCCCAGCAGAACUCCCAGCCGGACCCCCAGCAGAACCCCGAGUCGCACCCCGAGCCUGAACCGGGAGCAAGUGUGGAUGAGCCGCGACGAAUCCUCCUACCAGUACGAGGCGGCUCCACAGAGGGACCCGUCUCCAGCACCUCCGCCCCCACCCAACCCCCAUCAGCACCAGCACCAGCAUCAGCACCAGCUGCUGGGCCAGUGCAACCAGCGCCCACCCUACGUGACCAGCCAGAGCCAACAGGGGCCCGCCCCGGCCCACCAGGAGCAGUGGUCCAAGGAGCCUCCGCAGGGGCCCGGGAACCCCAACAAGAAGCCCCCCGUGAUGGCCGCGCUGCGUGGACACUCCUUCAACGACAACUGGAUGCACCACAGCCAGGACACGGAGUUCCGCGCGCCGAAGCUGAAGACCCAGAUGAGCUUCAACGAGGUGUCCAGCCACUUGGGGAUGGGGAGGGGCGUCGGCGGUGGGGGUGGCGGAGGCGGGAUGUUCUCGGACAAGAGGAGCGUGAGUGUGCACGGGUUCCCCAGAGAGAUACGGCCGCCGUUGCUGCGUAGCCGCACCCCAAUCAACGAGCUGAUGACGCCCCCAGAGCAGACGCCACGCGGGUCCACAGACUCACUGUCUUACGCACCAGGCAACUCUUUGGACGGCACCACCAAGCGUCAGGAGCACCUGUCGCGUUUCUCCAUGCCGGACCUGAGCAAGGACUCGGGCAUGAACGUGUCGGAGCGCAGCAACAUGGGCACGCUCAACUCCUCCAUGCAGUUCCGCAGCACCGAGUCACUCACUUCGGCCACGCGCGCCUUCUACGAGCUGGGCAUGCCCGUGCCCCUCAAGGGCUACCCGCCAAUGCAGUACUGGGACCCGCCGCGCGGCCUGGGCUUCCAGCCGGACAGCAGCAAGGUCAAAGGUCAACGCGUGGGCUUGGCGGGCAGCAUGGGGAACGUGCACGUGGUGACCCCCGUGAUGGACCGCCGAGCCCCGCCGCGGCCCGCCAGGAUGGGGGAGCAGGAGCAGCAGCAGCGUGGAUCCAGGCAGAGGCACCGCGACGGACGCCGGCAUCACCACCAUCACCACCACCACGGGCAGCACCAUCACCACCACCGACAUCGCCAGUCACGCCGCUCCCGAUCCGACAACGCCCUCCACCUAGCCGCACAGGGCCCUGGUGGCACCGGCACUGGUGGCAGUGGUGGCAGCGGAGGUGGAGGUGCCUACCACGGCGACCUGAGCCAAGCACACUUCUUCCAAGAGCAGUUCCGCCUAUCCCAGGCAUUUGGAGGCGGAUUUCCUGGUGGUGGUGGAAACCUGGGUGGAUACCGGCAGCAGUUCUACCCCAGGCCGUGCCCACGGACCACCUCUGACCUCACGCUGAACCCGGGAGGAGGUGGAGGAGGGUCCGGACUGGGGCCCGGUGGGGGGGUAGGGGGGCGUAUGGGGGGUCCUCCCUUCCUAAACGGCUACGGGGAGCAGGGAGGAGAGGAAGGGGACGAGGAGUACUUCUGCUCCACCUGCUCCUCCUCCACCGAGGAGUCAGCUGACGAGGGCUACUUCCUGGGCGAGCCCAUCCCCCGGCCCGUGCAGCUGCGUUACCUAGACAACGAGGAGCUGAGGCACAGGUACAGCCCCACGGCCAUGGGGGGCCGCCAUUUGCACACCCGCAGGCGCAGGAAGAGCAAGAACUGCAGCAUCUCCUAGGGCCCGUUGGUAUGGAACGAGAUGAGAAAGGAGGGAUGGAGAGAGAGAAAGAAAAGGAAGAGAGAAAAGAAUGAGACGAGAGAGAAAGAGGGCGUGCAUUUGUAUAUCAUGCGUGCAAACAGGCUAUGAAGAUAGUGUGUAUACCAUACAGUACAUGUGUAAAGGCAAUGGCAUAUUGUUAAAAAAAGAUAUGUGGGAGGAAGCACUUAUGUGAAUUUGUGUGGAUACAACAGAAGAUGUACGAUGUACAGUAUACAGUAUGUGUAAAAAUUAGGCUGUGAGUUGCACUCUGCACUGAAUGGGCGAUUCAGUGUGUGUGUGUGUGUGUGUGUGUGUGUGUGUGUGUGUGUGUGUGUGUGCGUGCGUGCGUGCGUGCGUGUGUGUGUUAAUGUGUCAGAGAACAGUUUGUACAUGAAUGAAAGAUUUUUUUCUGGUGUGGUAAGCUGAACAGAACACUGCCCGGAGUUCAAGCCGACGGAUCUAGUCUUUCAAAAUCACAGUAUUAUCAGAUAUUCCUGGACAUGCGAUUCAAAAUCUUCAAUGGACCAUAACAAAGCCGCACACAAUACGGAUCUCACCUCAUCAUAACACACUGUAUUUGCUGUACUUAUAAAACCAGAUUAACACUUUAUGAACUAUUGUGAACUGUUUACAGAGACUGUAAAGUAAAUAUGACUAGAGAGAUGCUAUAAAGAGAUGAUCUAAAAGAGUAUUAACUAUUAACUAUUUAAAUAUGACUUUAAAUAUUGUACUCCUGACCACCCAAAUAUUGUAGAGAAAAAAAGCUGUGCAAUAAGAAUGUCCCUCUGGUGAUCUUGGUGAUGGUUUGACCACUGUCCUUCAGAAAAGGAGAGAGAGAGAGAGAGAGAGAGAGAGAGAGAGAGAGAGAGAGAGAGAGAGAGAGAGAGAGAGAGAGAGAGAGAGAAAGAGAAAGAGCACAGAACAGAACUUGCCACUGAGUGUCACUUGACUACUCAAGUGUGUAUGGAAGGCCAUGCAUGGCUGUGGGAUCAGCUGUUCCCUCAGCUCCAGGAAGGGGCUGUCUAGCAGAGUGUCCAGACCCAGUAAGCUGUGGUGGUCAUGAUGCUAGUGGUUUCUGUGGUGUAGAGCCUGUGACGGUUGGUAACAGUGGUGGUGUUGGACCCCAAUAUCCGCUGUCCAGCACCGUAAAGUGGGCUGCUUACCGAUGGAGGUAAAGCUUGCUGUAAAUUCACCCAGUACGCACCGUACGCAGGAGGCGGAGUGUGAGUGAGUAGGCUGGAUUUGUACAGAGUCGGUAGGCAUCUGUGUGGUUUAUCUGCAGUG